ACCGGUACUGAUGGAAUCAACACUGUCGUGAUUGAAACUCCAGUUCAACGUACUGCUACUACUACUGAAGGUUGGACUGGUUCUUUCACCACUACCGUUACUAGAACUGGUACUGAUGGAGUCAACACUGUCGUGAUUGAAACUCCAGCUCCAAAAUCUAGUAUUACUGUUACUUCUCAAUGGACUGGUAGUUUCACUACCUCUACCACUGCCACCGGCAGUGAUGGUGUUGACACUUUGAUUAUCGAAGUACCAGUUUCAACCAACACCCAAAGCUCUUCCGUCACCUUAACUUCUAGCAGUUCUAGAAGACUUCCUUGGAACUCUAGUUCCAUAGAAGUUUCUAGUGGUGUCGGUACUCUUUCGUCAUCUUCAAUUCUUUUGACUACGACUUCGUCAUUUUCCCUUACGGUUCAUUCUUCAAGCCUCGUUUCAAAUUCAAUUAUUCCUUCUUCAUCUUCGGUUCCAUCCGCAACACAUUCUGAAGAAACGUCUAUUUCUUCUGUCUCUCCCUCUAAAUCUGGGGGAGACCAUGGUAUUCCAGUUAGUACUGUUGAGUUAACAAGCGUUACUUUGCUUCCUACACCAAGCAAUCUUUCCACCGGUUCUAGUACAAGUAUCACUUUAAUUCCUGCGGUUCCUACCCCAGGACCAGAUGGCAACCCAACAACUACUAUGGUUUCCACCAAGAGCGACACAAGUGAUUCGGAAUCGGCAUACAUACCUUCGAUUUCUAGCUAUGAGGGAUGGGCAUCAAGACCUCAAGCUUCUAAGCUCUUAUUUGCAUUGUUUGCAUUGUUUGCAUUCUAA